CCUGAUUUGCAAGAAAGGCGAAGGCAAGGGUUGACGGACGUCAGAUCCAGGAAUCACCAUCGACUGAACGCUGUGACUAAGAGCCUGGAAACCUGUCAAUGAUCAUCAUGACGAGGUGGUGGAAAGCGGCGCCCUGUUCCUAUGCGGUGAAUGCUGGGUUUACGCUGGUGGUUCUUCUCCUGACUUGCAUUCAACAGGUCCAAACGAGCGAGAAAGUGUCCAACGUCGAAGCCAACGCCUCGGCCAAGUCGUGCGGGGGCUCCUACAAGUGCACAGAGGGGGUGAUCCUGCCCAUCUGGUACCCCCAGGACCCCUCGGUGGGCGACAAGGUGGCCAGGGCCAUCGUCUACUUCGUGGCCAUGAUCUACAUGUUCCUGGGCGUCUCCAUCAUCGCCGACCGCUUCAUGUCGUCGAUCGAGGUGAUCACCUCGCAGGAGCGGGAGAUCACGGUGAAGAAGCCCAACGGCGAGACCACCACCACCACCGUGCGGCUGUGGAACGAGACCGUGUCCAACCUGACGCUGAUGGCGCUGGGCUCCUCGGCGCCGGAGAUCCUGCUGUCGGUCAUCGAGGUGUGCGGCCACGGCUUCCGGGCCGGCGAGCUGGGCCCCAGCACCAUCGUGGGCAGCGCGGCCUUCAACACCUUCGUGAUCAUCGCCAUCUGCGUGCACGUGGUGCCGGACGGCGAGAUCCGCCGCAUCAAGCACCUGCGCGUCUUCUUCGUCACCGCCGCCUGGAGCAUCUUCGCCUACGCCUGGCUCUACCUGAUCCUGGCCGUCAUCUCGCCCGGGGUGGUGGAGCUCUGGGAGAGCCUGCUCACCUUCGUCUUCUUCCCCGUCUGCGUCGUCAUGGCCUGGGUGGCCGACCGCCGCCUCCUCUUCUACAAGUACAUGUACAAGAAGUACCGGGCCGGCCGCCACCGCACCAUCAUCAUCGAGACCGAGGCCGAGCGGCCCGGCUCCUCCUCCGCCGCCGCCGCCUCCGCCUCGUCCGCGUCCUCGGCCAAGGUGGACAUCGAGAUGGACGGCAAGGUGCUCAACUCGCUGCAGGAGGGCGGCGCGGGCGCCGCCUCGUCCUCAUCCUCCCCCGCCGCCGGGCCCGAGGUGACCCUGGACGGGGCCGGGGCCGGGGCCGGAGCCGGAGGAGGGGCCGCCGGAGCCUCCGCCAAGGACCAGGAGGAGGAGUCGAGGCGGGAGAUGGCCCGCAUCCUGAAGGAGCUGAAGCAGAAGCACCCGGACAAGGAGAUGGAGCAGCUGAUCGAGCUGGCCAACUACCAGGUGCUGAGCCAGCAGGCCAAGAGCCGCGCCUUCUACCGCAUCCAGGCCACCCGCCUCAUGAUCGGCGCCGGCAACAUCCUCAAGCGGCACGCCGCCGACCAGGCCCGCAAGGCCGUCUCCAUGCAAGAGGUGCGGGCCGAGGUGAACGAGGGCCCCGUCAGCCGCGUCUACUUCGACCCCGGCAGCUACCAGUGCCUGGAGAACUGCGGCUCGGUGGCCCUGACCGUGGUGCGGCGGGGCGGCGACCUGACCAACACCGUCACCGUGGACUACCGCACCGAGGACGGCACCGCCAACGCCGGCUCCGACUACGAGUUCACCGAGGGCAGCCUGGUCUUCAAGCCGGGCGAGACGCACAAGGAGAUCCUGGUGGGGAUUAUCGACGACGACAUCUUCGAGGAGGACGAGAACUUCUGCGUCCACCUCAGCAACCUGCGCGUGGGCGUGGGCCUGGGCGGCGGCGGCGCCGGCGCCGGCACGGCUGGCAGCGGGAGCGGGAACCAGCAGCCGGCCGUGGCGUCUACGCCUGCGUCCGGGCCGGGCCCGGCUACCGCGCAGGCGCCAUCGCCCAAGCCCGGAGGAGGCGGCGACGCCAAUGACGCAGCCUCAGUCUCGAGCGCUGCGGCCGUCACCACCCACACAAGCGCCGCUGCCGCCGCCGCCAAUCACGUGGCCGCCUCCACCGCCGAGAUCGCGUGCCUGUGCGCGCCCUCCACCGCCAACGUCACCAUCUUCGACGACGACCACGCCGGUAUCUUCACCUUCGAGGAGAAGGUGACGCACGUGAGCGAGAGCGUGGGCGUGAUGGAGGUGAAGGUCCUGAGGGCGUCGGGAGCGCGCGGCGCCGUCGUCGUGCCCUACCGGACCAUCGAGGGCAGCGCCCGGGGAGGCGGCGAGGACUUUGAGGACACGGCCGGAGAGCUCGAGUUCGACAACGACGAGAUUGUCAAGACAAUAGAAAUCAGAGUAAUUGAUGAUGAGGAGUAUGAAAAAAACAAGAACUUCUUCAUUGAGAUUGGGGAGCCACGCUUGGUGGAGAUGAGUGAGAAGAAAGCCUUGUUGUUGAAUGAGCUAGGACCCUUCACAAAGACAGCAAAAUACUUCAGUGGCCAUGCUAUCUACAGGAAGGUUCAUUUUAGGGACAAUCCGAUUCCAUCUACUGUCAUCUGCUUUGCAGGUGAUACUGAAGAUAAUCAGGCCAUAGCAAAUAAAAAUGAGGAAGAACGGCGGAUAGCUGAAAUGGGCCGUCCUGUCCUCGGAGAAAAUACAAAGUUAGAAAUCAUAAUUGAAGAAUCCUAUGAAUUUAAGAAUACUGUGGACAAACUGAUCAAGAAGACAAAUUUAGCCUUGGUUGUGGGGACUAACAGUUGGAGGGAUCAGUUUAUUGAAGCUGUCACUGUGAGUGCUGGGGAAGAUGAUGACGAUGAUGAAUGUGCUGAGGAGAAACUGCCUUCCUGUUUUGAUUACGUGAUGCACUUUCUGACCGUCUUCUGGAAAGUUCUUUUUGCUAUUGUACCGCCUACGGAGUACUGGAAUGGCUGGGCCUGCUUUGUAGUAUCCAUUUUUGUGAUUGGCAUCCUAACUGCUGUUAUUGGUGACUUGGCUUCCCAUUUUGGCUGUACCAUUGGACUGAAGGACUCUGUUACUGCAGUAGUGUUUGUUGCAUUGGGAACCUCUGUUCCAGAUACCUUUGCCAGCAAAGUAGCUGCAAUUCAAGACCAGUAUGCUGAUGCUUCUAUCGGUAAUGUGACCGGGAGCAACGCUGUGAAUAUUUUCUUAGGAAUUGGUGUAGCCUGGACAGUUGCAGCAAUCUAUUGGAAUGCUCAGGGAAAGGAUUUUGUGGUGCUGCCUGGAAAUCUGGCCUUUUCAGUCACUCUCUAUACCAUAUUUGCUUUUGUAAACUUUGGUGUGUUACUGUACCGAAGGAAGCCAGAAAUUGGUGGUGAGUUGGGUGGACCACGGACUGCCAAGAUUAUAACCUCAGCAUCAUUCACUCUGCUUUGGUUAAUGUACAUUCUUCUCUCAUCUCUGGAGGCCUAUUGCUACAUAAAGGGCUUCUAAUAGUCAACAGAACAUGAACAAAAUGGACGUUUAGUAUUUCACUCACCUGCUGAUGGAAUGCUAACUUCUGAGAGAAUUCCUUUUACUAGGUAGAAGUGGAUCUCACAGUGUUCCAUCUGCAGGGGCAUCAUAACAACAAAGGCUAUGAAUGUGGGGCUCAAUCUGCUGCUGUACAGAUAAAUAUACCAAAUGGGAAAUAUUUUUUAUUGAGAAUAAAGAGCCUAAAACAAUAUUUACCCACAGUAGCAUGCCCUCAUCCAUUCAUGGAAUGAUGCCUCUGUACUAAUGUGACUGUUUGAGAUCAAGUUGCUUAACACACAAGAAAAAUGGCUCGUCCCGUUAUUUCAUUUUGUUUUGGAUCUGCGUGCCCUACACUUCAUUUAAGACAAUGUGUGCUGACAGCUCCUGAUUAAAAUCCAGUGUUGUCAACAUUUUGGAGUUUUUGGUUUAAUUUAAUUUGGGUUCCUUAGUAAAAAUGCACAGAAUAUGCGUAACUGCUAGACAUUUACCCAUACACUGUGUCAUUUGUUAUUUUUGUACAAUAGUGUUAAAUGUGAUACUGUAAUGCUGUGCAUGGUUAAGACAUGUGUCCUGUAUGUAAUAUAAAUAUGUCACCAAUCUCAAGACCUACCGUGUAAUGUUUAUUAUUAGGAAUUGCUUGUUGCAUUUAGUGAGGGGAAAGAGCUGUAGCUUUCACCUAAAAUUUACCACAUUCACUUAGAAAUAUUUCUAAGUGGCACUGUUGGAACUAGCACCUUCACAAAAACAUACUUGAUCUAUAAAUAUGACUUUUUUAACUUAGAAAUUGAAUGACGUGUUUUAAAAUUGUUCAGGGUCAUUUGUUAGAGUUUUAUUUAAAAUGUCAGUAUUGUUAUUUCUGAUGUCUAGUUGCUUUUGUUGCUGUCAGUGUUGUGGCACAAUAAAUCAGGAAGACAGUGUAAUUGGGAUGGUGCAUUUAAAUUAACCCGAGCAGAAAGACUAUUACUGCGCAUGUUAACAUCAUUAAGUAGGCGUCAAGAAUAUUGCUGUAGCAAUCAACAAAUUCAUUACCGCUGCCAGUUUUUAGGGUCAUUCUUGUAAGUACUGUCCGAUACGUCAAAUGCCAAUUCACAAGCUUCUGGUAGAGUUUCUGGUACAAGAAAUGCACAUUCCAAAUGCUGGCCGUACCACAUGGCAUUAUAUUUUGCAAAUAAACACUUCAGUUGAGCUCUUGAUUGAAAAACUGCAGACAAGUUAUAUGUGGAAUCAAUGAUAUAUGCAAGAUAAGAACUCAAUAAGAAUCUAUUGAAGCAAAAAAGAUUAUGCAAACAAUUUCUUAUGAGCCACAACUUCAGGUUUAGAAGGCUCAACGAAUAAAGAGUUAAGUGGAAUGUUACCUGUAAGCUGCACAUCUGUGCAGCAACCCAAAAGUUCCCAAGCAGGUCACAGACAAGUUAACCCCUUUAAGUUAUACAUGUGCAGGGGCCACGCUAAAAAAUUUAAAGGGGCUGCAAAUUAAAUAAUUCACCCACGAACUCCAAAAUCAAAUUAGAGGGUAUGUUGGUUAAAUGUAGUAAAUGUUUUCCUCCUAUUUUUAGUUUGCUCUGUACUUAAAUGACAUAAAGGUAAACGUUCAAAUUUGGUACCAGUUUGAGCCAAUUUAUCAUUUGAAAGCAGGCUACACUUCAUGACUAGACUGUGGAUAUUUAAUACAUAAUCAUCACAGAAACAUAGACAGACCCAUCCUGAAGUGUCAUGCAUUAUUUGUACACAAACAGAACACACACGUCGUAGAGGACUCUAUUGUGUGCCAACUUGUUGCUUUUUCAGUAACCACACCUUGUGAUACUUAACCCUUAUCUCUCAGACCAACUAUUUCUCCCUUCAAACUGAUAAAAGAUUCUGCUCCAUAAUUAAAGAACA